GCAACUGCGCUACACGGAGUACCGAGCUCAAGCGGUCGAAAGAACAGUUCAUAGUCGGGCACGUGUUCCACAGUGAUCGUGACGAGGUAUCGUUCUAACGUCCAAACUGGAUCACUAGCUUCACUGAACAUCAUUUAUCUAUCGAUGAUCGGAACGCGUAACAAACAUUUAACGAAACUGGUGAAAACAGAGCCAGUACUGUGAAACCGUGACGAGGACCACUUCGAAAGAUGGUGGACGUAACGACAGCGCUACCAUCCACCGGUGGAGCGUCCCUAAUUGGACGCACCAGAGGUGCACUCAGGUCUGUCAGGUCUGCGCUGGGAGGCAGCGGAGAGUAUCUUCAGGGUCUAGGAAGCAGAAUAGGGUCCGCUUUAAGUAGCAGUUUAGAAGAAAGCGAGUUGACCACGAGCCCUUCGACGCCGUCCUCGUCGCCACAAGCACCACCUCAGACUGACAAACCGGAAGAACAGUUGUCUAGAAGAAAAUUGAGGCCCCCCAGAUUCGGAACUGGAUUGUCGUACGAGGAUUACGAGGCGAUCGCGAGGCACAAACUGGAGCGGCAAGGUAGCGCCAAUAUGUCGAGGUGCGCGAGGAAAUAUCCCCCGGGGAUGACCUACGAGGAAAUAGCAUCCUCGAGGACAGCAACGAACAAAAAGCAAGAGAACAAAAUCGAGGAAGAUAAUAGCCCGGAUAGAGACAGCCAAGAGAGCAUAGAACCUCUUCAGGAAAAAGACAUCAAAGCCACGGGACCUGACCCGUACGACAAAUUAAAUUAUAAAGCAGCAAGGGCCCCGACCCGCUAUCAGACGGUCGUUUUUCGUUUAGAUAUGCCAUGCAGCAGCGACUCGUUGAGCGAUCAGGAUGGCUAUGGGCCUAGCACGAGUCUAGAUUCGAACAUGGAUGGUCGUCGAAUGUGGCACAGAUCAGGUUCAUCGGGAUCCGUCCAAUCGUGGGCUUCUAGUUUAUCGGCCGACAGCCAAUCGGAAGAAGCUGCCGCAGACUUUAUGAAAACCUUCGUGCCUCUUUUAUUCGACGCUCCGAACAGUAUUGAUCAAGAACAGAAGGCAAACUUCGGUCAAAUGGUUCUCACAGAAUCUGGCAGAAUAUGGUUCUCCCGAGUAGUGAACGCAAGGAGAGCUAGACCCUGCGUGACAGAAGCCUCGUUUUACUCGUUGGCCCAACAUUUUGCAGUGGCGCUCUUCGAAUGCCACGAGGCUGACGAUUUUGCACCCGCGAAAAGUCUCAUGAACAUGUGUUUCACGUUUUACCACGAAGUUGGAGUACCAGGAUUGGAGCCAUAUCGAGAAUACUUGUACACGCAUCUACGAGUACAACCAAUAUGGACGUCGAUGAGAUUUUGGACUGCAGCCUUUUUCGACGCUGUCCAAUGCGAGAGAGCUUCGAGACCUGUUCCCCCGAGGCCGAAAUCCCUCGAUCAGGAAGCCAUAGCUGCUGAGGAUCGUAGAUUUCAGGCUAACAUUGUUUUCGGGCAACUCGGGACCUUCACGUGUAAUAUGCACGCGUUUGGACUUUCUCGGGCUCUCUGCUUGGAAUUUCUCAGAAAGCAAUGUGUAAUUGCUAAUCUAACGAAAGAGCAAGAGAAAAUGUUGAGAGACAACAUAGAGCGAAUGUUCGAUGAGACUGAACCCUGGCGGUAGUUUUCCUUCGUCUUGAACUAACAAGUCACGGAAAGAGUUUGACCAAAAGAUCUUCGACUAAAACCACGAUCCGAAAACAAGAUCCACGCGACGUCAAUUAAAAGAAAUCUCCAGCUGAGAGCGGAACGUGCGAUUCUCGAUUAAAAGGAAGUCAAUUGCAUUACGAAACGGUGCAAAAUUAACUCUGAGAUCAGAGAACACAGCCUGUUCCUAAGCUUAACUAGACAGAACUAUGGAAAUUCGAACGUAUUAGAGAUACGAUGAGAAAUUAUAAAUGAGAUUCCAUAAUUACAAUGUAUCCGUCAUAUAUCAAUUAAUUUAUUAUAUCGUAACUACCGUGAUUAUGGAAUCGCAAUUAUAUUUCCAUUUAGGAGGACGUUUUUAAUCGAAUCGACUCACUUGCUUGAGUCUCUUUGUUGGAUUUGAUUGUUCGAUAACAUCGUAAGAACGCGGGCCACGCGAGGUGAUAAAUAAACCGAAUUCAAGAACUAUUUUGAUCAUUGAAACAGAAUUGUUCGAUUUAUUGUAACUGACCAGACAUCCGUAUUCCAAUCGUACUUAAAUAGUUAAGCAUAAACGGACAAUAAAUUUUGCGAAACGAACUCGUGAUAUUGGUAAUUACCUACGAUAAUCAACGGCGAUAUAUUUCUGUAUGGAAGAAGGAAUCGUUUCACAUUCUCGCAAUGUGGAAGUGUAUGGCUUUUAACACUAAACCUAACGACACUUCAUAGAUAAUCAUUUCUACCAUGAUCGGUCAAAUGAUCAGUAUUUCUUUUUCUCUUUUACGAGGAAACGUACUUCUAAUUUUUGCAUUAUACAGGGUGUUCAACUAACCCUGAGAAAAAUUUUAAUGAGAGAUUUCAGAGGCCAAAAUAAGUUGAAA